GCGGGAUACACUUUGCCGGAGACGCUCUCGACAUCAACGGCCAUGGCGAGCUCAAGCAGACUCACUGACCCAGAGAGGACGAUCAGGGUAACUCUGUUUGGCGCAAGCGGCCUCGCAAAGCGCGAUCUCCUCGCGCUCCCAGAUCCAUUUGCAGUCCUUACUGUCGAUGGCGAGCAGACGAGCACGACCGCUGUGAUACGGCGGACGCUAUCACCGACAUGGAAUGAGCAUUUCGAUGUCACCGUUCGCCAGUCAUCUAUGCUUGCCAUCCAGGUCUUUGAUCACAAGAAGUUCAGGAAACGCGAUCAAGGCUUCCUCGGCGUCAUCAAUAUUCCCGCAUCUGAAGCGCUCGCGCACGCCGCCGACAGUCGCGAUAUCAUUACGCGCGAUCUGACCAUGUCAGCGAACAAUCUCUCCGUAUACGGCAAGUUGCUCUUUGGUUUCUCCCUCACAACGCAACCACCGCCCAACGCCAUCGCGGAGACGGAGGGAGCGCCCGAGCAGCGCCCACAGUCGGCGCAACAGCAGUCUGCACAGCAACCCCCACCGCAUUCCCAAGACGACUUCAUGCGUCCCCCAUCCGGACUUGCUGUCCCUCGCCCUCACGGUGCUCCCGCCAACUCCCUGCGCCCUAUGUCGUCCCACGCGAACCUCGGCCCGUCACGCUUUCCCGCGACAGAACCCGCCCCACGUCCGUUGAGUACGGUCCCUCAGCGCAUCACGGACGAUGAGAACGGGAUGCCCCUUCCACUCGGGUGGGAGCGCCGCCAGGACCCCGGCACCGGGCGUACAUACUACGUCGACCACAACACGCGUUCCACAACCUGGCAUCGGCCGCCGCUCGCAGGGCAACAUCACCCAUCUCAGGCGCCCAUGCCGGCACAACCGCAGCCAUUGAAUGUCGCAGCUCGCAACCCGUCGGUGUCGUCCCGGAUGAGCACGGCGAGCGGUGGUGCGCCGCCGCCUAUCGGGAAUGCCGCGCCUGCGCAGAACAGUCACGCGGAUAUUCCGCUGCCGCUGGGAUGGGAGGAACGUAGGACGCCGGAGGGAAGGCCGUACUUUGUGGACCACCAUACACGGACGACGACUUGGGUCGACCCCCGACGAAACCAGCCGGGUACCGCUCCGACAACGUCUGUGCAGACGCCAAACCCCAACUUAGGCCCGCUGCCGUCGGGAUGGGAGAUGCGGCUGACUUCGACUGGGCGUGUGUACUUCGUCGAUCACAACACCCGGACUACGACAUGGGACGAUCCGCGCGCGCCGAGCUCGGUGGACGACAAUGCACCACAGUACAAGCGCGACUACAGGCGAAAGCUCAUCUACUUCCGCAGCCAGCCGCGCAUGCGGGUGCUGCCCGGAAAGUGUGACAUCAGAGUCCGGCGAUCGCACAUAUUGGAGGACAGUUAUGCGGCUGUCAUGCAACACUCGGGCGAGAACCUGAAGCGCCGACUCAUGAUCAACUUUGAGGGGGAAGAUGGAUUGGACUACGGUGGCGUGUCUAGAGAGUGGUUCUUCCUCAUCUCGCACGAGAUCUUCAACCCGAGCUACGGCCUGUUCGAAUAUUCUGCACACGACAACUACACGCUGCAGAUCAACCCCGCCUCCGGUAUCAACCCUGACCAUCUGAGCUACUUCAAGUUCAUUGGCCGUGUCCUGGGGCUGACCGUCUUCCAUCGCCGGUUCCUCGACGCGUACUUUGUGCCGAGUAUCUACAAGAUGAUCCUCGGCAAGCAUAUGACACUGGCGGAUUUGGAGAGCAUUGACGCGGACUUGCACCGCUCGUUGAACUGGAUGUUGACAAACGACAUCACGGACGUCUUGGAGGAGACGUUCUCGAUUACAGAGGAUCGCUUCGGCGAGUUGGUGACAAUUGAACUCAAGCCGGGCGGCGAAAACUUGGAGGUGACGGAGGCAAACAAGAAGGAGUACGUCGACUGCGUUGUCGACUACCGCAUCUCGCGACGGGUCAAGGACCAGUUCGAUGCGUUCAUGGAGGGCUUGCUAGAGUUAAUCCCCAUGGACCUCCUGCACGUCUUCGACGAGCGUGAGUUGGAACUCCUAAUUGGCGGAAUGUCCGAGAUCGACAUGGACGACUGGACCAAGUUCACCGACUACCGCGGCUACGAGAAGACCGACCAGGUGAUCGAGUGGUUCUGGCAGUGCAUUCGUUCCUGGCCGGCGGAGCGCAAGUCGCGCCUAUUGCAGUUCACCACGGGCACGUCGCGCGUGCCGGUGAACGGCUUCAAAGACCUCCAGGGCUCGGACGGCCCGCGGCGGUUCACGAUUGAGAAGUCGGGGGACCCGGCGGGCCUGCCGCGGAGCCAUACGUGCUUCAACCGACUGGAUCUGCCGCCGUAUACGGACUAUGAGAGCCUGGAGACGAAGUUGAUUUAUGCGAUCGAGGAAACGGAAGGCUUCGGAGUAGAGUGAGGGGGCAUAGCAGCUGGCUCCCGUAUGGACAUUUGAUCCGCGAGGCUCGGCCGUCAUUCAAACUACUAGCGUCGAUAUUUCCUUCCUCUUUGUUUGCUCGCGCUAUCCCUAUUCUGCUGUAUCUUUCGGUGUAUAAUCUGGUUUUUGUUACAUGUACUAUGACCAUCGAAAGCCGCGCUAUAAUGUAUCGGAUUUUUUGCUGUCCGUCACGGGUAGAUAUGGUGCAGCGGGCUUUGUUUGUUGAGCUACAUGAGCUAGCGCAGCUCGCCUCGCAUCAGAUUCUUCUAGUCAUGGCCUGGCUAUACCCAGCUGCUAGACGACCACUAUGUAUCGGCGAGGCAACUAGACGUGCAUCAGAUAUGAUGGAAGGACGGAAGGUGGCGGCGCGGGGCUGAUAGAUUG